AAGUAGCUCUCUGCUUUCUAAAGUGCAAAAAUCCGGAAUAAACGCGUGAUAGAGGGGCGGACAAUUUUCUCGAGUGUGGCACCAAGAGCUGGAACCACUGCCCGCAACAAGUGGUCACUGUAUUUCAUAGGACCCAUCUGCAACUAUUGGAAGCGGUUAGUGGGUAGAGAGGGUGAGGAAAGAGGCGAGCUGAAAGUGGCUGAGCGGCCCCGUCACUCCUGCCUGGCCAGGCUGCAUGACAGCUGGGUGCCUGCGCCUCGUUCCCCGGACGAGUGGCUGCAGAAGUUUUGCCUACCUUUCCCAACUUCGUGGCAGCACUUGGGGUAAUGAUAGAAGGAAACAGUAAUGCCAUAUUUGGAUCGAAAAAAUCGUACUUGUGGGUUCCUGGACAUUGAGGAAAAUGAAAGCAGCUGCAAAUUUUUGCGACGCUAUUUCAUCCUGGAUACAGAUAACAAUUAUUUGCUAUGGUACAUGGAUAAUCCUCAGAACCUCCCACAUGGCACGCAUCCAGUGGGGACUUUACAGCUGACCUACAUCUCUAAGGUUAGUGAAGCUACCUCGAAACAGAAACCGAAAGCUAACUUUUGCUUUGUCAUCAAUGCCCUUUCGAGGCGCUAUUUUCUGCAAGCCAGUGAUGCCAAGGAUCUCCAGGACUGGGUUGAUGCAUUAAACAGAGCCACAAAAAUCACGGUGCCAAAAGGUGGCAGCUUACCAACAACUAAAGAAAUUAAGAAAUCCACGGCAGAGACACAAACCAAGCAACAGCAGAUUGCCUACAAAACAGAAAUCAUUGGAGGUGUUGUUAUUCACACGCCUAUCAAUCAGAAUGGUGGAGAAGGCCAAGAGUGUGGCGAGACAGUUGGUCACAGCAGUCUGAAGCGUUCUCAAAGCCACUUUCCUAUCUUAGCCCCAGCUGGACCACAGUUGCUGAAGAGUGGCUUUUGUGUUAAACAAGGAGGUGUGAGGAAGAGUUGGAAACGUCGCUACUUUGCAUUAAGUGAAAGUUCAGUUAGUUACUACAAAUCAGAAACGGACAAAGAACCUUUACGCACGAUACCUUUGAAGGACGUACAGAAAGUGUGUGAAUGUCUAGUCAAGUCUGGGGAUCUGCUAAUGCGAGACAAUCUGUUUGAAAUUGUUACAGUUCCCAGGACUUACUAUAUUCAGGCUGAUAGUCCAGAGGAUAUGUACAGCUGGAUCAAGACAAUUUCAAGUGCAAUCUCCUUUAAGGGCCAAGGCAAAGAGAGUUCUAUCAACAGAACUACUUCAAUGCCUAACAGUGGAUCCCUGACACCCUCUGGGUCCUCAAAAGCACUUUCUGUGAAUCCUCGAUCAUCAGCAGAGGAGAAGAGACCACUCAGCAAGUCCUUUUCUGUGGCUCCGUCUUGGCAGCCAUGGACCCCUGUGACUCAUUCAGAAGAGAAGCAGCUGCCUAGUGUUGAAGAAGCCCCAGCCGCAUCAAAGGGUCCUUUGUUUUCCAUUAGCUCAAUAAAACUAAAAAGUGAUGUACAAGAUGAGUUGGAUAUACAAGGCAAGCGUAGACGCCACAGGUCCCAACCACAGCAGUACCGAGAGAAGGAAUUUCCUUUUAAUCUGGAUGAUGAGAAUAUACGAACCACGGAUGUAUAGUCUUUUGUCCAUCAGCCUACAAGACUGGGAAGGAUGGAGACAAGCUUUUUGUGUUCUGUGCGUAUUCACUGUACUAAAAACUUUGCUAGUCCUAGUGACUGGAUGAACUUAAAGUCAAAAAUAGGGCUUAUGUUAUCCUUUCACUGCAAGUUCAGGUUAUCACUGCAUUUCACAUUCCAGAGCACUGAUGCGACCAAGAAUAGUAGGUAGUAGAGUUCUGGAGGUCACAUUACACUUUUUGCUAAAUGAAGAUCUCAAAACCAUAGGAUUGGUUACUUGUUAAGUAUAUUUAAGAAAAGUGUUUAACCGGGCCUAAAAAAACACAACAUGUGCAGAGUUUUGAAAAAAUGUUUCUGCAUUUCCUACAAUGGGAAAAUUCCAUUUUUUUUUUUUUGACUGAAGCUUGUAUAUGCAUUGGAACAGCAUACAUGUUGGCUGCUUUUCGGUUGAUUCAUAAAACAAAUGCAUCCCAAGGAGGUUAACAUGGGCAUUAGCACAAUUACUUUUAAAAUGACCAUUUAAUGAUAAAAUAAUUAAAUUAAUUUGAAUGUGUACAUAACCUUGAUAAAUUUGAUUGCUGUAGUUAUAUGAUCAGAAAUCAUUGUAGUGCAAGCAGCUGUCCUACAUUUUCAGUUAAUUUCUGAGACCAUGACUAUAAACAUGGAAAGCAGUAAUUUAGAUGCCAAUUUACUGUACAAGGGGAUUCAGUCAGAGGAAGACCUAAGGUGAAACAGUAAACACAUGAGGAAAGAGUGAAUUAGAGGAUCUACAGUGCAUUCUAUAUCUUCUGGGUAUUUUGUUUGUAAUUACACUUUGUACCAUCGAUCAUUCACAAUAUUCAGGUCACGCUGACCCUUUAUUUUCUAAUCCAUGGAGCAGUACUUUAUCUGGGCUGUGUAUAACCUAAAACACAGCAGCAUUCAGAGUGAAAUGUUUUUCUUUCUGUGAACUAUUUUAUUUCACUGCAUGGCUGUUUACAUGUAACUACCAUGUUAUUUCACUAAAAGAGUUUGCUGCCUGUAGCAGUCAUUGACUGCCAUGUGUUUUAGAUUGUCUGCUGAAUUGUGCAAAGGUGAAGAUGGUUGCUUCAGGAGGCCAGAUGGUUUCAUGUAUAUUGUCAGGAGAUUCUUCCUAGCCAGUGGAAACUACUCCUUCUCUCAUAUUUUGAGAUGGGGUAAUAUGAAAACAUACUGUAGUAAGUGUGUUCUAAGAUAAGGACCCAGUGAUUUCCCCAAUUAUUUUUAUUAUGUGAUUCUCAAUAACAUAUGAAAAUGUGCCGUUUUUAGUGCAAGAAACUGUAAUCAGGACUGUUCUUGCAGGUAUUAAUUGUGAUUGAUGUUCUUCGUGUUUCACUGUUGCAGUCAUCACAUUUGGGUUAUCUGCUUGCAGUAACC